UUUGAUAGUGUUGACUUCACAGAGAGCUAAAUAUGAUUUUAUAACGCUCUUUAUGUGACGGAUGACGUGUGACGUAUAAAUAUGAUGCGCUUUAUUCUGGACUGUCUGCGGCCGGCGAGAGCGCGCGCUGCACCAGCAUCGGCAUCAUCAGCAGCCGAGAGAGACACUGUGGAGCUCCAGGUUGAGGCGAAAGACACCUCUGACGACAGUGAAGUCAAGGAGCUGAAUGAUGCACUGCAGAAAGAGAAUGAGGCUCUUCAGAUGGUCAAGACUUUGUGCCAUGACACAAACAAGACUGUAGAGAAGCUGGAAGAAAAGAAGUUACAUCUGAGGGAACAGCUAAACAUGAUCCAGAAUCUGGAGAAAAAGGAGAGAGAAGUGCUGGACUCACUGCUGGAGAAACAACAAAGGUUGGAAGAGACCAUACAGCAAUAUGAUGCGAAGCUGCGGGCAGUCAAUGACAAUGUUCAGCAGUUGCAGAUGGAGGUGGCCUGCGCCAAAGCACAUGCUGAAAACAUGCAUGUACGGAUUGCUCCACUGCAGGACGCAUUUGAGGAGAUCUUACAGGUUAAAAAGAAGCUUGAUGAGCUGAUUUGUGGGUUCAUAACAGAUGAAGAUUCAAUGACUGAUAUGCCAGAAGAAGAGGAUGCUUGCGGAGGAGUGAACGUUUUAGAGAUCAGUUUUGAUCAUGUUGACAGAGAAGAGAACCGUUCUAAACAGGAAAUAAAGGAAGUUGAUCAGGUGAACCAUGAAAGAUCUGUGGAGGAGGGAAAUCAAAUGCAGUGUAUAGGAGAAAACUUGAAAAGCAGUGGCUCGUCGUCUUUUACAGAGAUCACACUGACCGAAGUCAAAGAAGAGGAUGUGAUUUUCAGAUCAGCAAGUCCACAGUUGGACUCUUCUGAUAUUGAGGAGGAAGACUUUGAGUUUGUUCACCCCAGUCAGGCCACGAACAGACAAUUUGAUUUCUUUCAUCCAAAUCCCUUCACUGAAGGUGAUGUUUUUGGAGAUGAUCAUUUUCCAAAGGCUGAUGUGACAGAAUGUUUACCAAGGGAUCCAUUCAAAGGCACGGACCCUUUUGCCUCCGACAUGCUCUUUGUCGACGUAACAGAAGAAAAGUGUUGUGAUGAUAUAUUGAUCACAGAAGACAAGAGUCUUCCAGAAACAGUGCACUACCCUCUCCAGUCUGGUGGAAGAGACAAAGACUAUGGUACUUUUAACACUCCGGUCAAUCUGCCGGUAGAUGCUCAUUUUAAACAGUCCACCCGAAAGCUUGAUCGCUGUUUGUCCACGCCCACUCAAAGUAUAGGUCUGAAGUCUCGUAGUAAUACCUGUCCUGAGCCUGGAACAAGCAUAACACAAGACCAAAUUCUUGAUGCAGUACAACUAGCUGUAUUAACAAAAGCUGUUAGCCCACAGCUUGAUGAAGACUGUGUCUAUAAAUCUGUCCCAGGUCACAGCUCUUCAGAGUGCGAUUCCAGUGAUGGUGAUGUUGAAGAGGAGGAGGAGGAAGACAGGGUACAGACUGGAUUGCUGUGUGGUCUACAGAAGAUCAUCACAGGGUCCUAUACUGAGUUUCCUCUUAGCCCAUGUGACACUGAGUCCUACCCAGGUGUAAGUGAUACUGUCAAGACUUUUGAACAUCAAAGUAUUAUCACUUCUGAAAAAUAUGCUGCAAGUGACAAAGAUUGCUGUCACCCUGAACUUGGAAAUGUUGAGACCUCCCCCCUAGACCUUAAUAAUCCAGGUACCUCGUGUGACAUCAGAAGUGACCAGAUCACUGCUUUAGAUGCAUAUGACUACAAAUAUGGAGACAUGUUCUUUUUCACAGUUAGAUUAGACCCUAGUAGUCCUGAGCUACAUAAUCCCAGUCCAGUUUGUCCUGAUUCCAAUGAUGUGAAGAAGUGUGGGUUACCCUGGAAGGACAAUUCUUUAAGCCCUGAAUCUAAUGACACAGAUCCAUUCAAGUGUUGCACCCCCAAGCCUGAAGACACCAAACACCAUAGCCUGAUCGGUUAUGUUGAGAAAUGUGUUGACAACGUAAAACUGGAGAUGGCAGUAAACGAAUAUGAAAUGUGGAAUUUAAACACUUCACUUCUUACAUGCGAGGAUCAGAUUGCUUGUGAAAACAUACCUAAUUCAGAUAAUAAUGACCAAUGGAAAGCAAAUCCAAGCACAUAUACAAACAUUCUUGAUUCACUAUUCCAGGAUACAGAAGUUUUUACACCUUUAAAAUCUACAGUUAAAGGCGUCUAUAGUCUGCCCAGCAACACAGAGGCUUCAGCUACUGACCAGCUUUCUGCUGAUGAGAAACUCAACCUUGAUGCCAGUGAUUCACAACAGCAUGAAUCACACUGUCCUGAAAGGCUGGCUGUAAGCAAAUCUGAUCUUCAGUAUUUUGACCCAUUCAGUCCCCUAUCCACCGAGUCGACUGACUGUGUGUCUGAAUUUGAAGAAAUGUACACAAUAAACCCUCAUAAUGCUCCAAGACUUGAUUCCGGGUACCAUGAAGUUGAUACUCCAACCCCUGUAAGUCAAGACCCUAUGGACACAAGAAAAUAUAGUUUUUCUCUUCAAGACCCAUGUUACCCAACAAGCAAAGAUGAUACAACCGAUCCAUUCAGUCCCAAAUCUGUUGAUACCGGCAUAUUUGACUCAGAAACGGAGAAGUGUGAGUUUAAUUAUAUCAUUAACAGUCAGUCCUUCACUCCUCAACUAGCUUCCACAGAUUUAAGUGAUCCUGAUAAGAAGCCCAUGUCUUUCUUUAAUACUGUAUCCUGUGAUGUGCUAAGUGAUAAUCUCAAUGGAUCUGAACUUGAUGAUUGUUACAUUGUCUGUCCUUUUCCACAAAAGAUAGAAAGCUAUAGUGCUGAAAACAUUGAGAACAGUGUAAUCCCUGGAGACGGAUGUCCAGUUACUGAAGAAACCAAACGUAGCCCUAUGGCAUCAAAUGGUCUUUCUUCUCAGGCAAAUAACUGCAGUUCUGUGUGGAAAACCUCAGAAAUAAGCGUCCCCAACCCUGAGAUGUUUGACACCAUGAAACAUUCUGUUUUUGAUUUUAGUACCACUGCUUUUGACUCCAAUGCGCUCAAUAUAAGCAAACAAGCUGAAGAUAUUACAAUUAACGCUGUAAAUGUUACAAGAAAGCCUGACGUUGCUGACAUUAACCAAUUUUGUUCUGAGCUCAGUAAAAUGGUGUCCUCACGUUCAUCAGAUACUGUGCAGCAAAGUGUGACAGAGAUGUUAUUUGGCUCUGAUCCAAACACAUCUAGCUUUUACCCCUGGGAUUUUGAAAAGCAGCACCAUAAUUAUUAGUUUCAUUCAUUUCAUUCAGUUUUGUCUCAUGGCUGCAUUUGAAUAAGGAUUUUUUUGUUACUUUCAUAUUUCAGUCCAAGAUGCAUGAAGUGUUAAAGUGUAAAAGUGUCCAAUACAACUUAGCAGUCAGCCCAAUGUAACUUGAUGUAACUCCAUUCCUAAUUUAUGGAAGUGUUACCAUUGCAUUAUUUUUUACUACUGUAAAUGCCUGUUGUGGCCAAAUACAGAUAUGUAGCAUAAAAAAUAGCAUUUAAGCCCUUCUGGGCUUUGAAGUCAUGUCUGUUUAACAUUUAUUUCCAUGUGACAUUACAUUACUAUUCGGCAUUUGAAAGAAGUCAUUUAAAGAGUAAAUAAUUGUAAUUUAGUAGUAAUAUUCAUAUAAAAGAUUACAUUGAUGUAUUCUAUAUUGUAAUGAAUAUUUAUUUAUUACUAAUAUUAUUGUUUCUAUACUUUGCAACAUUAUUCACCUGUGUGUAAACAAUAAGAACAAACAAGUUGUAUUAGGAAAUUCAAAAAAUGUUGUU